AUGUUUAAGAAAUACAAGAACCAAGACUUGGACAUGGCAUUUUGGUGGAAGAAAAACCCCAAGACCCCCUCCGAUUAUGCCAGACUGAUUAUUGAACAAUUGAAUAAAUUCGGUUCACCCUCACUGACCCAGGAUAACAAAAGAAAGGUACAGGAGGAGUGUACUAAAUAUCUAAUCGGCACUAAGCAUUUUAUCGUUGGUGAUACGGAGCCUCGCCCAACUCCGGAAGCCAUUGAUGAGCUUUAUACCGCCAUGCAUCGUGCCGACGUCUUCUAUGAACUACUACUUCAUUUUGUGGAUUUGGAAUUCGAAGCAAGGAGAGAGUGCAUGCUUAUAUUCUCUAUAUGCCUCGGAUACUCUAAGGAUAAUAAAUUUGUCACCGUAGAUUAUUUAGUCUCGCAACCAAAGACCAUAUCUUUAAUGUUGAGGACCGCGGAAGUUGCUCUACAACAAAAGGGCUGCCAAGAUAUUUUUUUAACGGUAGGGAAUAUGAUUAUUGAAUGCAUUAAAUAUGAGCAACUUUGUAGGAUCAUAUUAAAGGACCCCCAGUUAUGGAAGUUCUUUGAGUUCGCGAAAUUAGGUAAUUUUGAGAUUAGUACGGAAUCUUUACAAAUAUUGAGUGCUGCAUUUACCGCACAUCCCAAAUUAGUAUCUAAGGAAUUUUUCAGCAACGAGAGUAAUAUCAUAAGGUUCAUUAAAUGUAUUAAUAAACUAAUGGCCCAUGGAAGCUACGUAACGAAGAGGCAAAGUACCAAACUGCUGGCGUCAUUGAUUGUGAUAAGAUCCAACAACGCGUUGAUGAAUAUAUAUAUCAACUCUCCGGAAAACUUAAAGCUUAUAAUGACUUUAAUGACUGACAAAUCCAAAAAUUUACAACUUGAAGCUUUCAACGUAUUCAAAGUGAUGGUGGCAAAUCCAAGAAAGUCAAAACCUGUUUUUGACAUUCUUGUUAAAAACAGAGACAAACUACUUACAUACUUCAAAACUUUCGGUUUAGAUUCUCAAGAUUCUACUUUUCUUGAUGAAAGAGAAUUCAUUGUUCAAGAAAUCGAUUCCUUGCCGCGCAUAAUUUCGUCUACCACGGAAACCUCUAAUAAUAACGCAUCUUCAAGUAACGUUGCCAAUAUGAACUCACCAUCAUCAGUAAUGAACAAUCAAUCAUCCAUCUUGACACAUUCAACUUCCCCUGAUUCAAGAUAA